AUGGCGACCGAAGAGAUUACAUCUUCAAACGCGGUGCUUCUGCCCAGCACCGCGGUGAUCUCGCCCACUGUCAUCGUCAAGAUCGGUACGGAGGGCAAAGAGUACAUCCUCCACACCGAACUCCUCAAGCACCACUCUGCUUACUUCCGUGGAGCACUUUCCGGCGCAUUCAAAGAAACCGACGACGGCGUUAUACCCAUUACCGAUAUCGAAACCGACGCAUUCGACACCUUCGUCGAUUGGAUCUACCGCGGCACCGUAAACACAGAGCCGCAAUCACCUUCCAACGUUCUAAGUCGCAGCUACAUCUUAGCAGAUCGACUAAUCAUGCCCGGUUUGAAGUCUGCGCUUAUGGAUCAUUAUUACCAUCGGUACACUGGACGUAAGCGAAUCAGACCAUCUUGCGGUAUGAUUAUCAGACUUUGCAAUAACUUGCCCAAGGAAGAUCCAUUACUCCGACUCUGUCUCGAUAUAUGGUCCGCGCAAAAGGCAAUCUAUAAGUUGGAAGAAGGAGAAAAGGCUGAACUGUCGAACCUGCCACAUGAGUUUCUCGUUCGUUUAAUGUUACGAAUGCAGGAACUAGGCGAGAAGCCAACUGCAGUACAAACUUUUAUGCAGGAAGAUUACAACGAGCGUGUAAGGACUGAUGGAUAG